UCUUUGAAUGUUAACACGAGAAGCACAUGCGCAAUUUGUUUAUUUAUUUAUUUUCCAUUUUUGCAAAUUUUUGUUUGUGUUCUCUUCUCAAUCACUUCAAAUAGGGACUUGAUGAGCUAGGGUUUGAUAUCUUUGCUCCUCUUCCAAUUAGGGUUUUGUUCUUCUCAUGUUCUAACUCUGUUCUUCUUCACAUAUUUUUCCCUUCAUUUUCAAAUUUUCAUUCUUUUAUUAUUUAUUAUCAGUUUCGCAUUUGUUUCAAUAAUUUUUUUCCAAACAUCCACCCACAGAGCGAGUUUGGAAAUUCUAAUAGGAGACCCAUUCAUUUUCCCUCAACUUUCAAGCCAUGGAUUAAUAUACCCAAAUUUCUAAAUCAAUGAGAAAAUAGAAGAGCUUUUUCAGCUCAAUUACCUUAGCCUUGACCUUCCAAUCAUUCAAGCACCACUUCAGUGAGCGGAGUAAAAGAAUUGCACCUCAAUUAAGACAUUUGUGGAGCUGGGUGUUCGAAGUUCCUACAUUGCAUGUCUGAAUUAUUGGGAUGCAACUUAUGUAUCUAUUGGACAAUUUCACUAAAUGCCAAUCUGGUCUUAAUAUAGAAUCUAACACUGUCCUGCUGACAUAGGAAUGAAUUUUGUUUUUACAUCCACAUGUUAGCAUGUGAUAUGCAAUUGAUAUUUGAUAUGUUUUGCCUUAUUUUCUUUCAAGCUGGCUGUUUGAUGAGUAUCAAUGGCGAAAUUAUGAGACAUUAGAUAAUCGAGCUGGAAAGAAAUUAUGUCUGACCUGUUUUGAUUGACUUAAAUAUUAUAAUAUGGAGGAUGAAAAUGGACUUGAGCUCAGUUUGGGUCUAUCUUUUGGUGGCUCGUCUGUCAGACCCAAGAGUAAAAAUGGUAGCUCUUCAGAUACUAGAGCAGAAGAUGUUCGAAAUGGCAAAAUGGUUGAUGACUUCAAAAGCAUGUUUGAUGCUGGUCCUCAGAAACCAGAUUCAGUUAAUGACACACAAACUGAUCCUUCAAAACCUAAGGAGAACUUUUUUAACGACAUUUCAAAGGCAAAAGAGAAUGCUUCUUUGAAUUUGAAUAGGAGAGGAUUUUGGGUUGCAAACAGCAACAAACCCCUUCAUGUUGAGGAAGAUAAGCAGUUAGACAAAGGAAUUAAACGAAAAAUGUCUUUUGAUGAGAUAAAUAAUCAAAAGAAGCAAAAUGAUGUUUAUCAUGCUGAUUUACAUGACAAGGCUAGAACAUCACACGUUUCUAUGACAAAUGUCUCACCUUCUGAAAAUGAAGUUGUAGCAAAUUCUGAAGCCGAGAACUUCACCUCUAGACCUAUCUCAUGCCAAAAUGAUGGUACUAAACAAUUUGUUAGAGUUGGUGUUUCUUCCGAGGCUCAAAAAGAUUUUUGCGGAGUUGCUGACUCAACUGUCACCGACUUUAAUGGGGAGAAAAAGUUUACUGCUUCAACAGAAAACGAUUUUAAGCAUGCUAAUUUAACUUGUGAUGCUUCCUUGUGUCUCCAACAAGUUAAUAUGAUCAAUGCGCCUUACCCACCACUGGCAAAAGAGUCCAACUCUGUUCGUGCACUAAACCCUCAAAUAUAUGGAGUGAUGCCUACUGCAACUGGUGAACUUUCAGGAUCCCAACCUGUGAGUAAUGGGAGCUUGCCAGUGGUAUUUGGCUAUUCUUCUCUCCAGCUUCCGAUGUUGGAUAAUGACAACAAACAGGGUUUCGUUUCUCGUCCUCUGCAGCUACACCCUGCCUUUUCUGGGAGGGCUCCAUCAAACACAGCUGCCAUACGUGCAAUCUCAAAUAAUAUAUCUGAGAGAACAACAUACGAAGGAAGACCAUUAGAAAGAUUCAAAGGAGAUGGUAAACACUCAAAACAGCAUGUCACUGAUGAAAACUCCUCACAGCCAGCAAAAAUUGCACCAGAGCAGUCAACAGGAGAAGGGUCAUCAAUUGAUUUUUCUUUUAUUAAGCCAGGUCUUGCUGCAGAUGUGAAAUUUGGCGGGGGUGGUUCAUGUCCAAACCUACCUUGGGUAUCCACAACUGGCUCAGGCCCCAAUGGUAGGACAAUAUCUGGUGUUACUUAUAAAUUCAACACUAAUCAAAUCAGGAUUGUUUGUGCAUGUCAUGGUUCUCACAUGACCCCUGAGGAGUUUGUUCGGCAUGCAAAUGAAAACCAAGAAUUGUGAGGAAAGUGCAUUUUUGGGGACAGUAGCAAAUGUUAAUCCUUCUGCCACAUUUAAGAGUGUGUCUAUAAAGCGAAUGACCUGCUGUAUUUAAGGAUCCAACAAUGUUGUUUUUAUCUGCUUUGGAAAGUGUAAAGGGAUGGUGUCUCUGAAAUGACAAUUCAAAUUUAAACACACUCAAUCUUGUAAUAAAAAAUAUUAGUAACAUAAUAACACGCUGUUUUUGAGUAAA